AUGUUGCCGAUUUCACGAAUACGCACACAAUCACUUUUCAUCCAGUUGCAGCGCUGUACACCUCGCCUUAAUCAACCGCUGUUAAACUAUACCAACACAAUUUCACUUAAGAAGUACUCAUUUAACUCUCGGAAAUGUGCCUGCAACUUAAGAACAAUCCAGAACAGGCAGAAUUUCUGUUCGAACAGUUCAACUGAUGCCAAAUGCGUACUGCCAGCUGUAAAGCCAUCAGAUACUAGUGAAUCAUCAAAUCAAGCUGAUGCAACAGAAGGGAAAAUGUACAUAGAAUUCACUUGUAAGAAAUGUUCCACUCGAUCGAGCAAAUAUUUUUCAAAAUUGGCAUAUGAAAAGGGUGUUGUUAUAAUUCGCUGUGAUGGAUGUCAAAGUCUCCAUUUGAUUGCUGAUAAUCUUGGAUGGAUCAAAGACAAACAUUGGAAACUGGAAGAUUUUGUCAAGGUUAACAAGAAAUCUAUAUGCGUCGCAUGA